AUGGUUGAGAAAGAUUCUGAAGGUGCUAGACCAGUAGAUCAGUCUUUUCAGCAUUUGAAAGGAUAUAACAGAAAAAGAAAGAAGUACGUUGCAGAUGCGGAAAUUAAGAAGGUUACUUCGAAGUACCCACUGAUCAACCCGGCAGAAAUUUCAACUUUCAAAGACCUUCCUCUCUCGUUAGCGACCGUAAGAGGACUUUCGGAAAAUGGAUUCUUGGAGCCGACCGAAAUCCAAAAGCAGGCAAUCCCAUUGGCUCUACGUGGGUGCGACGUUCUCGGUGCCGCUAAGACGGGAAGUGGCAAGACGUUGGCGUUUAUUAUACCGUUGCUGGAAUGUUUGUGGCGCGCCAAGUGGUCCAGGGUAUGCGGCGUCGGCGGCAUCGUCAUUUCGCCCACCCGUGAGUUGGCGCUGCAGACGUACGAAACGCUGCAGAAGGACACAAAAUUCGAAAAAUUAACUAUAAAUCAGACAAAUAUCAUUGUUUGUACCCCCGGGCGACUGUUGCAACACAUGGACGAAACGCCGUUCUUCGACUGCAGUGACCUUCAGAUGUUGGUUCUUGACGAAGCCGAUCGCAUAUUGGACAUGGGAUUCGAAAGGCAGGUUAAUGCGGUGGUAGAAAAUUUCCCAAAGUCGCGCCAGACGCUAUUGUUUUCGGCGACCCAAACCAAGUCGAUCAAAGAUCUAGCGCGGCUUUCAUUGACGGAGCCGGUUUAUGUUUCAGUGCAUGAACAUGCGCAAUUUAGCACCCCAGCCAAAUUGAAACAGGUAUUCACGUUCACCUCAUUGCUCUUGUUCUUUCCGAAUUUUUCCUGCGCAGAAAUGACGCCAGAUUUUCUGACUUUUUGA